AUGGGUUUAGGUACUACCUCAUUUUCACCAGUGGUUUUGUUGGAUGUGAAAAAUGCUUUCUUACAUGGUGAGUUGCAGGAAACAGUUUAUAUGCAUCAACCAGUUGGUUACAGGGAUAAGGAUCAUCCGGAUUAUGUUUGUCUCUUGAAUAAGUCUCUUUAUGGACUUAAACAGGCACCUCGGGCUUGGUAUAAGCGUUUUGAUGAUUAUAUGUUAUCUAUUGGAUUUACUCACAGCAGGAUGGAUAACUCUUUGUUUAUCUACCGCAAAGGGUCAGAUAUGGCUUAUCUUUUGUUAUAUGUGGAUGACAUUAUACUGACGGCCUCUUCUGAUGCUCUUUGCCGUUCUAUUAUAUCUCUUCUUAGCUCUGAGUUUGCUAUGAAGGACCUUGGUCCUUUAAAUUAUUUUUUGGGUAUUGCUGUGACUCGACUUAAGGAUGGUUUGUUUCUUUCACAGCGGAAAUAUGUCGAGGACAUAAUUGAUCGUGCAGGGAUGUCAUCGUGUAAACCGUCUCAAACACCGGUUGACACGAAGUCCAAGAUCGGCGCUACUACUAGUGCUCCUUUUGAUGAUCCAUCUUUGUAUAGGAGUCUUGCAGGGGCUCUACAGUACCUUACAUUCACCAGACCGGAUAUUUCUUAUUCUGUUCAGCAGGUUUGUCUACAUAUGCACGACCCCAGGGUUGAUCAUAUGUCUGCUCUCAAACGGAUUAUUCGAUUGGGGGGAUGCCCGGAUACGAGACGUUCAACGUCUGGUUAUUGUGUAUUUUUGGGGGAUAAUUUGAUCUCUUGGUCGUCUAAGCGCCAACCCACGUUGUCUAAAUCUAGUGCAGAGGCCGAAUAUCGUGGGGUGGCAAAUGUUGUCUCCGAAUCAUGCUGGAUUCGGAAUCUUCUCUUGGAGUUACAUUGUCCGAUUAAAAAGGCUACCCUUGUUUAUUGUGACAAUGUUAGUGCUAUUUAUUUGUCAGGAAAUCCAGUUCAGCAUCAACGUACGAAACACAUCGAGUUGGAUAUUCAUUUUGUACGCGAGAAGGUUGCACGGGGGGAAGUUCGGGUUCUACAUGUGCCUUCUCGACAUCAGAUUGCGGAUAUCUUUACUAAGGGUCUUCCGCGAGUCUUGUUUGAGGAUUUUCGUGACAGUCUUAGCGUCCGUGGUCCUCCCGCUUCGACUGUGGGGGUGUGUUAA